AAUACACCCUCUUCUCAACCUCUCUCUCCUACACAACAAUAUCUUCGUACAAUUAGCUAAAGGAAAAUUAUUAAUAAAGGCACCUUCCUAGUUCACACUUCAUAGUAUACAGCCAAAGAAAAGAACUAAACAAAAAAACUUCUACUUUAAUACUUAUAUUUGUUGCAUAGAAAUCCAUCUUCUUUAUUUUAUUUGUUGGGGUGUUCUUUUGUGUUUUGGUUUUCUGCUGAGCAGGUCAGACUGUCUUUAUUACUGCCAGGGUAAAAAAGAUCAAAGCAAAACAGCUAGCACAUUUAGGAAUUAGGAGUGUAUUUUUGUUUUUGUUUGUGAUGAAAAGGAGUGAGAUUCUUGUGACUUGUGCCUCUGAUUAAAAAUUCUCUCUCUUCUUCUUCAAUAUCCAAAAUAUACCUUUUUUACCCAGAUCAUUUAAUUACUGAAAUAUCUACAAUUUUCUCAUUUUCUAUUGGAAGAUCUUAUUUUUUUUUCUCUAAAAUAGUUCUGGGUUUCCAUUUUUGGAUACUGGGUAUGGCUUCAAAUACUUCAAAGUUCAUCAAAUGUGUAACUGUUGGAGAUGGAGCUGUUGGUAAAACUUGUAUGCUAAUUUGCUAUACUAGUAACAAAUUUCCCACUGAUUACAUCCCAACAGUAUUUGACAAUUUUAGUGCUAAUGUGGUUGUGGAGAGUACAACUGUGAACUUAGGCCUCUGGGAUACUGCUGGCCAAGAGGAUUACAACAGGUUGAGGCCACUCAGCUACCGAGGGGGUGAUGUUUUUGUCUUGGCUUUCUCAUUGGUCAGUCGUGCGAGCUAUGAGAAUGUGCUAAAGAAGUGGGUCCCGGAACUUCAGCAUUAUGCUCCUGGAAUACCAAUGGUUCUGGUUGGCACCAAAUUGGAUCUUCGGGAGGACAAGCAUUACUUGGCUGAUCAUCCUGGAGUAGUGCCAGUUACCACAGCAGAGGGAGAGGAACUGCGGAAGCAGGUUGGUGCUUCAUACUACAUUGAGUGCAGCUCCAAGACUCAACAGAAUGUGAAAGCUGUUUUCGAUUCUGCCAUUAAAGUAGUUAUCAAGCCCCCUCAGAAACAAAAAGAGAAGAAAAAGAAGUCAAAACAAGGGUGCACUAUGAAUGUAUUUGGUAGAAGGAGCUUCCUGUGUUUCAAAUGAAUUCGUUCUCGACAAGUACAGCUUUCUCGUGAUUAGAAGCAGAUAUACUCAGAUACAGCGUUCAGGCCUUCUCUGACCUCUUCACUAUUCCAGACGAUCGAAUGAUAUUUUUUAAAAAAACUGUAAUUCAUUAUGUAGAUGCUGUCAAUAGUAGUAGUCCAGUCGUGCAACAUGUUUCUCCCUGUAAAGCCACUCUCUGAUAUUUAGUUCGUAGUUAAUUCGUUUUUGAUGAUUAUAGUUGUGUUCUCUAGGAAGCAACACUGAUUAGCUUUUUCCUCCCUAAGUUAAAAGGAUCAACAUUUCUUGCCUGUA